AGCGAUGAACAAUUGCAUCAAUCUUCAGCAAGAAAAGCGGCAAUCUGCGGACUAGGAGGAAGUGGUAAAACAAGUCUGGCAGUAGAGUACGCUCAUCGUAUGAAAAACCAUUACCAAGGAGGCGUCUUCUGGUUUUCUGGAGAAGAUGGGACGAAGUUGGAAAAUUCCGUUAAUAGUUUGGCGUUGUCCAUCGGAACAUUCGUUUCUAAUUCCUUCGACGUGACGCUGUCUCAAACCCUGGCUCGAAUAUCUCGUAUUCAAAAACCAUGGUUGCUCAUUAUUGACGAUAUGGACGAGUUACAACUGUCCCCUAGCGUGCGGAAGCUGUUGUCUGGUUCUUGGCAAAAACAAUGCAAUUAUGGCCAUAUUAUUGCCACUACGAGAAGAAAACCAAGUACGUUUGUUAACGAUGUUCAAGUACAAGAGAUGAGAGAAAAUUCCUGUCUGGAACUUCAAUGUUUCGAUGUCUAUGAUGCGAAGGAGUUUUUAUUAAGCAGAACUGGUAUUUCACGUACUGACGACACCGAGGCUGCAGCAUGCAAACUCUUUCAAGAACUUGGCGGAUUACCACUAGCUCUUGAACAAGCAGCAGCGUACAUUAAGUCGCUGGGAUGUUCGUUCUCGUCCUAUCUCAAAACCUACAAAACAAAGCGUCUUGCUCUUUUAAAUCAACAGGCUACCAAACCAGUGUCUGAAUAUUCUUCGCCCGAACGACUAGCAGUCCAAACGACAUGGCGUCUUAAUAUUGAUUAUAUUAUGCAGAACAGUGAGGGUAGAAACGCUAUACGAUUUUUAAACGCAUGUUUAUUUUUUAACCCGAACGAAAUUCAGGAACAUUUAAUCAAUAUUGGUGAGCCACCCGUGAAUGAUGAGCAAUUUCGGAUUUUUGUGGGAACAUCGCUGGGUAGAUAUCAAAUUUUUAAGUUGCUGACGGAUUUUUCGCUCUUCAGGCAAUCUAGUGGUCGAUGUUUGCAAGUCCAUCGUUUGGUGCUUGACGUCGUUAAAGAAAACCUUACUCCUAGUGCACAAGAAGAGAGUUUUAUUGAUGCUGUGCGGUUAUUACAACAUAGCCUAUCGGAAUCCUAUUCUCCUGACGAACUGUUGUCAAGUGUAGCUGGCAGAGGAAUGAAUUUAGUUGACUACACCAACCCUUCAUUGUUUUACAUGUGGAGAACACUAUGCAUGCAUGCUGGAGAAAUCGAGAAAAAUCUGAAAUACUUUUUUCUAGAACGGUGCAACAAUAAGGAAAUGACGGUGUUUCACCCAGAGACGGCCCAAGUUGUUUACCAACAUGCUCUUUAUUUGAGUGUAUUCUGCAGGCAUGAACAGGCUAUGCAGGCUCUGAAUUUUGCGGUUAAAAUUCUGGACUGGUUGCCGGAAGGCGAAAAUGAUUUUUUGUCAGCUAAACCGCUUAACUCUUUAUUUCCUCACGUCUUGCCAUUGCCUGAAUUUAUUCGAAGGCAUGUUCAGUAUUGUUCUAAAGCUCCUCAUCUUCCACAUAAAGUCGAGGUAUGCGUAGAUUCCCCGGAAUCUAGAGAAGUAGAGACCGCAGAAUUUGAGAAGUUGCGCGAGGAAGGAAAUAAGUUGUUUGGUGAAGAUCGUUUUCAAAUGGCUGUCGAAGCGUAUUCUAGCGCCAUUGACCGGAAGAAGAAACUGGAAUUUCUUGACCCAAGGUUCUUUUCUAACCGAGCUUCGGCUUAUCUCAGGCUUCACCUUUACGAAAAAGCUCUGGAAGAUGCAGAAGCUUAUAUAUCCAAGUGCCCAAAGUGUUGGAAAGGUUAUGCCCGAAAAGCUUUAGCGUUACAUGGUUUAAAUGACGAGCUGGGUGCUGAAUUAGCUGCUUCUCAAACCUAUAAUUUGGCUCGAGAGGUUUUUAGUAAAUACGAUCCAUUUAAGAAAUUUUCCUAUUUAGAGAAGUGUGCCAGGUUUUGUUAUUCUGGUUCUGACCUUUUACAAGCUCUGAAUACUAUGCCGUCAUGCAAGAGAGUUCUCUUUCUUUACCCAGGAACAUAUGAAAUUACGAGUGAUGUUGUUUUUGACAACUGUGUUGCACUUGGCUGUGGAGACCAAACACAAGACUCGAGAAUACGAGUCAGUGUGAAGGAUGAUUCAAGACUUUUUCUCGAUACGAAAUGUGCUUUGGCUAAUAUGAGCUUUUUAUUUGACCAGGGCAAUGCCAAUUUACUACCUACAUCAGUCGCGCUGCUUUAUAAUUGCGGUUUUUCUAGCCGCAAUUUGUCAUGCCCAUCAUUACACACACUAGGAGUCACGAAGGUUGAGAACUGCGACUUUAGAGACUCUGGUGCUGGAGGAUUUCUUUGUGUUGCUGGUGCUGCAAAGGUAGAGAACUGUACGUUUUCUAACAAUGGCUUGGCUGGUCUGGAAGUACGCCAAGGCGGCACUUUGUUGGCUAAAAAUGUUCAUUCAUACAACAACAGACAAGGUUUACUGGUUGGUCCUGAAGCGAAAAAGUGCGUUCUUACUAACAGUCAGAUGAACUGUAAUGCAAGUGAAGGCAUUUUUGUGAAAGAAUGUGAACAUGACAAUGCUGACAUUCAACUGAACAAUAAUUAUAUAUUCCAUAACGACAACUUUGGAAUAUCUGUUCGAGAUUCUUCAGCAUUAAUUACGGAAAACCGCAUUUUCGAGAAUAGUUGUUGGGGUAUAUGGCUUCAAAGUAACUCGUGUUGUCACAUUUCAAAAAAUAACGUUUCGGGCAAUAGAUUGGGAGGUAUUCGUAUUGGAAAACGACCCAGUGGAUGCGCACCAUCUGUCGUUGAAUACAAUAAGAUUAACGAUAAUGGUGGGCCUGGUCUUAUUCAAAACUUGAAUGACUUCGAUCUGAUCAAUCUUCUCAGUAAGCAGGUUUUUCCAGCAAACAAGAUUUUGCCAUUUCAAUGUAAUGUUCCAAUUUUACCUCCUGAACUCGAAAAAACGUUGGUAUCUGCCAAAUGCUGCGGGAACCUAAUGUAUCACAAUGAAGUGGAAUUUACACGAACCCAUCAAAACUUCUUUUUGCAGAACGUGGAUAAAUUCUGUUCGUGUUGUCAAAAAAAAGGCACCUUAAAAAAAUGCACGAAAUGCUACAGUGCUGAAUAUUGUGGAAGGGCGUGUCAAAAGAAGCAUUGGAAAAGACAUAAAAAGUUGUGUCGAAGCCUACUGGAACAGUCUAGCAUUUUACUUACUUCUACGGAAAGGUCCUGUGGUUCUCCAUCCAAGGGGGAAUAUAUGAUUUCAGUAAACCACCAUCAUCAUCGGCUUGAAGAGGUGGGUCCAAAGUACAGUGAACCGCCACCCGAAAACGGCGAGCGGUUCAUUGUGAAAGUUCAGCAGGGUCGUGAUAUGUUCGAUUUUACGUCUACCCGUAUGUCACUUUUUUUAUACCAUCGUAGCCUGGCAAUUUACGAAUCAUUCCAGAACGCCCAUGUUCAAAAUUUAAUAAGAGAUCUAGGUGUCAUUUGCGAGAGUAAGUAUAUUGAAAAGAAACUGUUUAUGUGGGCCGCGUACACCGACAACAAAGUUAUUCGACUUUUUACCAAUGAUUUCCCUCCGUAUCAACGAUGGUAAUGUUUUAUCCUCAGUUGGAACUUGGUUCAAUUCAUGAUGACAAUUCAAGCAGCGGUGGACGAUACAAAUAUAUGUUACUUGCAGAUACUACGUCCAUAAACGAUGACAAUGCCAUACUGACAGAGGUUAUUUUUCCUCGAGGCAAUUAUAAUAUACAUGCAGAUCAUAUCUUGGGUAAAGUUAGCGGAUAUUUUUAUAUACUAGUCUAUUCUGUAUAUAAUAACAUACAUAAAAAUAACUCGACUGUGAUUGGUUGAUCUCAAUGCAAUUAAUUAUCUCAAACAGCAGUGCAAAAUUCUGUAACAGCAGUGCAAAACUCUGUAACAAACUGAUCUGAUUGGUGGAAAAAACAAUGAGAUUUAAAAUCAACCAAUCAGCUUAUAGCAGUCGUCAAGUAAUAAUAGAUAAGUCAAAUUGACAAGUUUGUCAAUCGUGCAUUCCGAAAUGGGUAUAUAACAAAAUUUUAAAGUGGUGAUAUCAGAAAGAGACAAGAAACUAUGGUCGAAAGUAUUAAAAAAAGAAUGCGUUGAGAGAACUUCUACCCAACAAGCUAAAUCGAACUCUACGCCAAAGAGGGCAUGACUACGAACUGCCACUUGUAAGAACAGAGAGAUUCAAAAACUCAUUUGUAAAUAUAGAUUUAAAAAAAUCAUUAAUAAUUCAUGAAGAAAACACAAAGAAAAAUCAUAAGCGUGUCGUAUCUGUAGCCUAUAUGUGAUACAGAUUCAUGUUGAUUUACAUAAACUUUAACUUUGAUUUUCUCGGCUUAGACAAUGUUUAUUUUUAAAAUUACUUCGCCAAUGAACUCAUGAGAUGAGCCGUUUUUUAAGUUGUUUACAACAUUCGCGUCCAUGUUGUAUCAGAUAUACAAACUCUCGCCUUCGGCCGCUCAUGUUGUAAACAUUACAAAAUAUGCUAUGUAAACAGAUUGCAUAUCUUCAAGACUUUUACAAAUUUAGAACAUUAGAUUUUUAGAAUCAUUAAUAUAAAUAAUGUAAUAUAAAUAGAUAAUCUAAUAUAGAAUGCAUAAUUCCAUGUAAACUCAAACGUGUACUUCGAGCAUCCAAUAAUAACGGCUUAUUGACCGAGCGUGAGGUCUGUGCUGUGAAAUAUCAGACCGAGGUUUUUUAAACAGAGGUCUGAUAUUUCACAGUACAGACCGAACAAGCGAGGUCAAUAAUCGGUUUAUUAUAUGGCUGAAUUGAGUCUGUGAGCAUAUGCUUUUCGCGCGAAUUUAAUCGGCUAUCGUCAGUUUCACAGGGUAACAAUAUACGGUAUAGCCAUGCAUGCUCAAUCAAAAACAAAGGAUUUGUUUACAUUACGGAGUUGACAUGGUCUUUAAAAUUUCCUUGCCGGAGAUUUGACUGCAGGAGCUAAAAUAACCGGAGUUUGCACAGCUCUAGACUAUCCAGUUGUCAUAUUCCCUGAUCAGUAUCCAGUAGACUAUUAUCCGGUACCAUCCGGCAACACACUAUCUGGCACAUCGCUGGCUGACAUUUGCAUUCAGUAUAAAUAUUGAUGAUUGCAAAGUCAGUCGAUCAACCAAAAUCAACCAACAGCAAUUUUCUAAUUGACACCGAUUGGUAUUUACCAAUUGCUGACCAAUAUCAAAUCCAUUUAUCAAUCAUUAUUUUAUAUGUAUUAACUGAUAUCGAUUUUCAUUGAUUUUUAUAGGAUUGUAAUAAUUCUACAAAUUGUAUAGUCAAUUCAAACGUAAAGUUAAAAAAAAACAAUAAAUAAAGCAAACAGUUUGUGUUUACAUUAAGUUUAUUUAUUCAAGCUUUCAACGUACUAUUUAAAAAACGAGCAGGAGUGUUUUAUUAGGUUUAAAGCCACGAGCGCGCAGUGCAAGUGGCUUUAGACCUAAUAAAACACGACCUGCGAGUUUUUUAAAUGGCUUCAAAAACGUUUGCAUAAUAAGUCAAAUCUUUAUAUAAAAAUCUUUAUAUAAAAAUCUUUAUAUAAAAAUCUUUAUAUAAAAAUCUUUAUAUAGUUUGCAGAACAAUGGUCUUUUAUUAAAGUGUCUUUAGCUGGUAUAAAGACGUAUGCAUGUGACUAAUUUCUUACUCAAGAUUGGAUAAUUGCUUCAUGAAUUAUUAAUGAGUUUUUGAAGGUAAGCUACAGUACUCUUGAAAUUUGAUGUAUUCGGUGGUUCUCGUCGCUUCUCGAAAAAGAUUAUUUAAUGUGACUGAAAUGGGACAAUCAAAAAUCCGAGAUGCAAUGCUAAAUCGAUACUCUAGCGUAGUUUUUUUCAAGAAAAACCCAAAACAAUUAAGGCAUUUUGGUAGCAUUUUGGUAAUUGUUCAUCAAAACUAAGAAACUACUGUACGGCAUUGCGUGCAUUACGUACUUUUAGUUCAUAUUCUACAUGCGGUCCGGAUUAAAGCGGGCGAUCGAUUCGAUGGCGUCAGUGCAGACGAUAUAGACGUAAAUACUAAAACUGUCUGUACCAGUGUAGGUAGUACCAAUAUGAAAAUGCUGUGCUGAGUGGUUAUAUACUACCUUAAAAAAUAAGCAGAAACUCGACGUUUCGAGCGAAGGCCCUUCGUCAAGAGUUAGUAGCGAAAUGCCUUCGCUCGAAACGUCGAGUUUCUGCUUAUUUUUUAAGGUAGUAAUAUAACCACUCAGCACAGCAUUUUCGAUAUAGACGUAACACUGUUUUUAUUGUUUUUGGAAAGGAUAUCAGGAGUACAUUGAGAUGAAUAAAACAUCAAAAGAACCGAAUAUCUGUUAAAUCAUUCAUACUACAAUUUUCUCGUGUAACAACGACAGUAUUAAAAGUUUAAACAAGAAAAUUCUACAAUUUCACACGCAACUAUGAAGUGCCUUCUAAUAAAUUUUCUUUUGUGCCGUUACCACUUACAAUUUUAGACACAAAUGACGCCCUUGUUCGAAAGAGAAAGAACAAACUCUAAAAAUUAAUUUUAUGCAUUUUGAAAGUAUUAACCAAUAAAAUUGACUCUGUUUUUUUAUACACCGUGUAUAUCUGCCUGAGUUACGUUACGACAGUAUCAACAACAAUACUAUGCGCAAGUCUCCAAAGUUUUAUGAUUUCGCUGUGAAAGACCCUUUAUCUUUGGCAAAAUUGUUUAUGAAACCUUUCAUGGCAAGUUUCACUGGUUUUGACCACACCAUGGUACCUCUGCUGUUCUGUCAGUAAUGGGUGAAGCACAACCAUUUGUUUCCUCUGGUGCUGCUCUUCUUGCAAAGAAACUCAGGUCAGAUAUCAGGAAUGAAUGGGCACAUUGUGAUUUCUCACACUGGAGCGAACCAAAUUUUCAGACUGCGAUACAGGAGAUGGAGUCAUUGGUGAAAAAAGCUGGAUUGACAUCGGUUGAAGAAAAUCUUGUCCUUGAUGAUUUAAAUAUUUGGAAGAAAAAUGGUGUAAGUUCCAGUAUUUCCCCGGUUGAAUAAACAAUCCAAAAUGUCCAAAAGGAUAUAUAAUAUUUAUUGAUACAAAGUCAAAAUAUAUAAUCUCACUGUGUCAAGUUGUCAACGUGUGGUUUCUAAACAAUAAAUUUACAAAACAUAGAUAUUUAACUAUACAAAUACGAUUACAAACAAUGAAACAAUACAAGACAAAUACCUGACUGUUAGUCAUCUGGCUAUACUACAACACUACAACGUUCAAACAACUUUUAUAAAUCACACAAAUCAACGCGAGUUCGUCUCUCGAAUAAAACAAAACAUUGUUCGUCUCUGCCCUAUCGCGGGUUAAUCCCUAAAUUCGGGCUUGACCUAGCUAGAUCCUACAAAUGGUACUGUAAAUAUUUUUGUUAAAUUGCUUUUUGUUAAGUGGUUUUAAAUUAUUUCUACACAUGGUAAGAAAGGUUUCAUUUUUUAGCAGAAAAAAUGUGGAAUUUUUCAAAAACAAAGAAAAUAUUAAAAUUAAACACUUUAGUAAAAUUAACUACACAGUUCAACAGAUAGAACAGUAUGCCCUCGCUUGGACUUGGCUCGUUCCAGUACAGUAGCUCAACAGUGUACCUAAUCUAGCUGAUCAAGUUGAACCGUUUUGAUUCAAUAUUAACCGUAACCAUUCCAACCAACAGAAAGCAAAACACACCACAACUCUAGCUAUUACUGUUAGUAACUCAAAAAAUGUUUUCAUGUUCCUUUGCGGUCUAAGAAAAUUAAUAUUCUUUGUUCACCUCACAACAGAAGCCAUUCAUAAUAGGCAAGCAAUAUUUCAAUAUAUUAUCUGUAACUCCUUACAGGAAAGGAGCUAUGCUUGGGUAAUCCACUAGACCAAGAGCUACUAAAAAUAGUCCAGAUAGAAGUUUCUCAACUUGAGAAUACAUUUAAAAAGUUGAACGCUGAUGCUGACAACAGGGUAUGUGUUAAAUUGUGUGGUUUAAACUUCAACAGACGUUAAAAAAACUUUAUAAAGAACACUUCAACGUUGUUUUCGAAAUAGGCUAGUACAGAUUAAGCUGAUAUCUCUAUGUCACGUCGUCAUCCAUAAUAUAUAAUAAUACUCACUUAGUUAACCAUUAAUACUGUACAAUCAUAAUAUUUUUAGGAAUGUGUAUUGGAACGACUUGCUGUUAUCAAUUCUUCCCUAAAGGAAGAAAUUGACAAGUUGAAGGAAAGCCAAGCUAGAACUGAGUUAAAAGUGCAAGAGCUAUGUGCAAGUCAAAGCGACCUGCUCAGCAGGUACAUUUCCAGUCGUCGAGAUAACUCAUGCGUAGUGCAUUUUUCUUCAAAAGUAACAAAGAGGACAUGUAUGUUUUUAACGCCCUGGAUACUUUCUCCUGGUUUACUGAUCGAAUACGCCAAAUCAAAGAAAUCGAAGUAAUUCUCAAGAGCGAUGAACAAUUGCAUCAAUCUUCAGCAAGAAAAGCGGCAAUCUGCGGACUAGGAGGAAGCUAGUGGUAAAACAAGUCUGGCAGUAAAGUACGCUCAUCGUAUGAUAAACCAUUACCAUGGAGUCUUCUGCAUGGUUUUCUGGAGAAGAUGGGACGAAGUUGGAAAAUUCUGUUAAUAGCUUGGCAUUAUCCAUCGGAACAUUCGUUUCUAAUUCCUUCGAUGUGACGCUUUCUCAAACCCUAGCUCGAAUAUCUCGUAUUCAAAAACCAUGGUUGCUCAUUAUUGACGAUAUGGACGAGUUACAACUGUCCCCCAGCGUGCGGAAGCUGUUGUCUGGUUCUUGGCAAAAAAAUGCAAUUAUGGUCAUAUUAUUGCCACUACGAGAAGAAAACCAAGUACGUUUGUUAACGAUGUUCAAGUACAAGAGAUGAGAGAAAAUUCCUGUCUGCAACUUCAAUGUUUCGAUGUCUAUGAUGCGAAGGAGUUUUUAUUAAGCAGAACUGGUAUUCCACGUACUGACGACACCGAGGCUGCAGCAUGCAAACUCUUUCAAGAACUUGGUGGUUUACCACUGGCUCUUGAACAAGCAGCAGUGUAAAUUAAGUCGCUGGGGUGUUCAUUCUCGUCCUAUCUCAAAACCUACAAAACAAACCGUCUUGCUCUUCUAAAUCAACAGGCUAUACCAAACCCGUGUCUGAGUAUUCUUCGCCCGUACGACUUGCAGUCGCUUCUUAAUAUUGAUUAUAUUAUGCAGAACAGUGAGGGUAGAAACGCUAUACGAUUUUUAAACGCAUGUUUAUUUUUUAACCCGAACGAAAUUCAGGACGAUUUAAUUCUAAAAAUUAAACGAGACUUACCUGUAAGUUGAAGUUUGAUUGGGAUUCUACUAGUCAUCAGUCAGGAACGAAGGAGUCACAUGAGAAGCGCGUGCGUGCUUCGCUGAUCAGUUUCUAACAUGAACGGUUGCAGGAUUCAGGAACGAAGAGUCACGAGAGGGAAGGGCAUGGUACCGAGUACCUGGGCAUGUGACUCCUUCGUUCCUGACUGAUGACUAGUAGAAUCCCAAUCAAACUUCAACUUACAGGCAAGUCGCGUUUGAUUUUAGAAUUCUACUACGUCAUCAGUCACGUCACUACGGAGUCACAUGAGAUUUCAAAGUCCUGCGACCGUGAAGAACCCACUCCAACACAUGAAUGGAUAAACAAAAAUGUAUUUGUUUUAGUAACCCAACUACAUUAUAGCUGCUUAAACUUUGUUACUGUUUCAACAUCUGCUGUGUUGAGAAUUGUUGAACCAAAAUUUUCAGUUUCAAUAUGCUUAUCAUAAAACUUUGCAAAAGUAGAGGAAUUGGACCAGCCAGCAGAUUGCAUUGUUUGUUUUGAAUUAAGUCCUGCUGCUUUGACACACGACGUUGAUGCAGCCCGAGUGCUAUGACACGUGAAUUUAUCUGUAUCAAUUCCCGAUUGCUGUAGUAUUGAUUUGACCCAUCUGGCGAUGGUGUCUUUGGUUACCGCUUUAUGGGGCUUUACGAAACUCAGAAAUAGUUUUGAUUGUUCACCACUGAGAACAGUAGUUCGUUUGAUAUAUUCUUUACUAAGGUACUCUAAGACACAAACUCUUUAAUUUGUCCCUUUGGUACGAACGAAGUUCCAAAGGCACUUAGUGGUGUUUUCCAGCCUUAGUAUGUUUUAAAACUUCUCUAAUCGUAAUAAUGCAUUUGUCCGUUUCCAAUUGGAUGAAGUUCAUAUAUAUCUUGUGUAUUGUUUGACACCUUUGUCCCGUUAGUAAACACAAUAAAUUAAAGUGGCAAGAUUCUGCACUGUAAGAUCUUUUAAACUGACUUCAGAAACUGAAGUAAACUGUUGUAGGUAACCAAUAACUUUAUUUACAAUUACAUCCCAAAUUUCAGCGUAUUUUGGGAGGCAAGGUUUCAGUUCAAAUACCCCUUUUAAAAGCCGGCAAACUAAAGGGUCCUUCCCAAAUGGAAUCCCUGCCGUGGGUAAUAUAACUGACGAUAGUGCUGAUCGAGCUGUGUUUAUAGCACUAUAUCCUACACCUGAAUCAUAUAGUUCCCUAAGAAAUUCGAUAGCAUAUGCUUUCCCAGGAUUGUGAGGUGCAACAUUUUCUCGCUUACAAUAUUCCUCCCAUCGUAAAAGAUAUGAUUUAUAUUGUUUCUGAGUGCCAUUACGCCAAGAAGCCAUUAUAAUUUCUUUCGUGGACAGAUUUUGGAGCUCUAAACUUUCCCAGAUAAGAGGCAAAUCUUCAUUGACAGUUUUUUGAACAAUGGAUGUGUCUCGUUUGGAUGGCUGGGAAGUAUCAGUCUUGUGACGCUUGUCCCCGAGCCGACGGCGCGAAGCGCCGUGCGAGGGUACUAAUUCCCCCCGGCUAUUUACACCCGGGGAAACGAAAGCAUUAGCGAAGUCUAAACACAGAGAAGAGACAUACAGGGACGUAACUAGUGUACCCACUUUUUUGUGCGUAUGCUCGGCAAGUCACUAGAUGCAUGCAUCUGAUUGGAUGACGACCUGAUGACGACUUACUUUAAACCUGCUGAGCACGCGCAGUUGAUCAUUUUUCGCCCGGUCGCCUGAAAAAAAGUGGGUACAUGAUAACGUAAUCUUCCGCAGUGUUUACGACGGUCAGUUACGUCUCUGUAUGUCUCUACUCUGGUCUAAAGUUCAUCAACAAUCGCGGUGAUGUUUCGGUGGGUGGUCAUCCUCACUGAUCUCAAAAAUAUGGCGGACUGUUAUGAAUAGCGGACACUGAUUGGUCCAAUUUAAAGUUUGCCUUAUAACGACUGCAUGACGACAGCGAAAAUGCGAAGCAGUGUGACCACUGACCAGAUUUGGUAAUUUAAAUUACUUUUGGUAAUAUUUCGCGAUUUUUCUGACUUUUUUGGUAAUUGAAAAUUUUUGGUAAUUUUUUUAGUAGUUUCUCUUAAAGUUAGUAAUAUUUUGGUUAUCGCAUGAAAUUCAACCAAAUACGCCAUAAUUACACAACCUGUUGUUCAAAAAUUCAGUGGGAACACUUGCAGGUCCAUGCUUGCAAAGCUGUACAUCCAAAUUGCAAGCUGCUGGCCCAAACUGUCCAGCUGAAUCGAUGGAAUCCUGUUGAUCACCCCGUGGCCCGGGCGCGAUUAUCGCAACACUAUAUUUGCAUUUUACCAAGGGUGGGUAGUAGCGAAGUAGUUGUAGUUCGCUACUGUAGCGAACUACAGUGUGUAUCAAAAUAAUUCGAAUCCAAAUUUGGCGUGUAAUAACGCAGAAUAUAUUUGACAAAUUCG